AUGAAAACCCCAAUAAGUGCCUUCUUGUUUCAUAAUGUACCAAAACGAAACAAAAACGUGCUGUUAUUAUCAACCCUGAAUGAUGAUGGUAAGAUCGACGAUGACACUGGAGAUGCUUUCAAGCCCGAAGUUAUUACAGACUAUAAUCUUAUGAAAGGAGGCGUAUAUGUGGUCGACAAAAUGAAAUCUGAAUAUUCAACAGCAAUAGAUGGCCAUAUACCGGUUUCCUUCAGCUCUAGAGGAUUCCAGAAUGAAACAUCAGAAGAAGAAACCUUCAGUUUAGAAAUUUUAGAUGAAGAAUUUUCAGUGUUUCGUUAGUAUUUUUGUUAUAGUUUAUAACAAUAAUUUUUCACUAAUGUAUAGCUUAAUAGUAUAAGUAAUACUAUACUUGACAAUAUAA